AUGAAUAUGUUCUUAUAUGUGAUAAAUCCAACAUCCGAGUGUCUGGAUCACCACAAGCUGUACGUUGCACUUGGAGGAAAGUUCUGCCCCACGAUCAAUGACAGUAGAAGAAAUGCACAUGGCAUUCACUUGCAAGACCAGUUGAAACACCAUGGAUUCCCGUUUGCUUUGGAUGUCAGUCUGGAAGAUAUUGACAAAGCAAUUUGCGCAUCCAGAACCGAUAUACCAGCCGAUUUCAUGGGAACAUGGAGAUCCUGGAAGGAAUCCAAUGGCAAGAGGAAGGCUGUUGAUUGGACAGACUUUCUCUUGUUUGUUGUUCCAACGAUUGUCAUUGAUCAUUUCGUUUUUGAUCAUAUAAAAGCAGCAGUGAUGAACCUUGUCACUGCAUGCAGAAUUGCCCAGCAGGCCAUUGGUUGCUGGCAUGCCUUCCUCCGUUGUGAGAUCAAAGAAAAGAGGCUGAAGCCUACGAUUUUCGUGAUGAACCAGCAUAUGCUGGUUCAUCUUGGCUAUAUGAUGUGGGAGAUGGGCCCUCUGCAGGCAUACAGUUGUACGCCCAUCAAAAGGACAAUCGGUGUCUACAGCAUGGCAAUCAAGUUGAGAAAGAAACCAGGAAAGAACAUGGAGAAUCUCUUGCUCAGAAAGGCAGCAAUCAAUCACUGUCUUGGUUGCCGACCUGUCAUUUGUGUCACAAAUGACAAAAGGACCAGCAACUUCGAGGUUGCAAAGUGCCAGGACUUGGUCCACAGUUUGGUGCCUUUCUGGGCAAGAGAAGACAUUGUUUCCUUUGAGGAAAAUAAUGAAGUGGUUUGCACCAACAAGAUGUGGAAAGACUCGGUGGUCUAUAGAGUCUGGUCCUCUGUUGACAGCAGGCAUGGCCGAGCAAACAAUCUUGCUGUGCUCAACGAUGCCAGGGAGUAUGGAUUUAUUCUUAAAUUCUUCUCUCAAACUGUCAACAGAGUGAUCAGACUCUUUGCGGCCAUCAACUGUCUUUCUGAUGUUCAACGCGUGAACCAGGAUCUUUUCCCUGCGUGGGAUAGCCUGGCACCUGGUGUGAUGAAGGUGGUGGACGUGAAGUCUAUUGAGGGGAUCGCUGGCUUCAUCCACAACCCAAACAACAAGGCCAUUUGGCACAUUAUCUGGUCAUCACCAAAAUACAACCAAUAG